UUUCCGAUAUCAGUUGUUAAAACCAACCGCGGUGAGGCCGAAAAGUGAUAGUGUUGAUAAAGGGAAAUAAACUGUGUAACUAUUUGCAACAAAAAUGAAAUCUCUAGUGGUGGCAGCUGUUGUAAUUUCCUUGGGUGCCCUGGUUUUCGCCCAAAGCCACAACCAAUUCUGGGGCUUCAAGGGGCCGUACGAUACUUUGCUGAACCGAACGAUUGCAGUUAAGUCAUCCUCGAUACUGCAGGUUAAAACCCUGGACCUGACCUAUCCGGUUAAAGGCCAGCUGGGUCGGAACAUUACUGCCAUCUAUGCGUACGACCAGAUAACCAACGGCAAGGGCGGAUACGCCACUCUGCUGUCCGGGGGCGUUGGCUUCAACCACACCAAAAUUCAUCUCAAAUCACAGCGCGGCAACGAAUUUAAUUUUAUUGUGGAAAUUUAUGGCCGAUAAGUUUCGAUGGACGCUGACGACGAAACGAGCGGGCUCGAAUAGAGCAAGAUAAAGAGCUUAUCACAUCUGUACUAUUAUUACUUAGGUCGAAUUGAUUUACAGUGAGAAUUUUGAAACCGUGAAUCAUCUGGGAAAAACUUCCUGUUAUUAUGCUGGUCAAUAAAAACAAGUGUUCACCGGAA